CUACAUGUGCAUUCUCCAAAGCCUAUACAUGUACAAUGUUAUUGUCGAGGUUCCUGUUACAGCUGCAUAGACCUAUAGGUUUGUGUGAACCACCACGGUCAUUUGCCUCAUGAGCCAGGAGGAAGGAAAUACCAUCUGUUUAUACACAUAAAUUCACUUCCUCGAUCAGUUCAUCGCGUUCAACCAGUCGGUACGUUGGGAUGUGUACAGUAUGGAAUGCUAACAAGGGAUAUGGUUGGAGAGAAAUUCUGUUGGAAUAUAUUCAAUAUCUACGACUAGCCACCAUCCCUGUUGUGUUAUUUGGCUGUGAUGCAGUAACCAAUAUCUGAGAUCAAGACCGUGCAAUCCAAUACGAAAAAUGGCCACCAAUAGCCGCUGUUUACGUCCCUUUCUAUACCAACCAAUCAGAGUAAGUCAUCCAACAAGACAGUGACUACAAGCAAGUGCCUGUGACUGACAGGUUUGCGUGUGUCAAUCAAAAAACUACAUGUUUUAUGAAUGUGCCAUUUUCAUCCCAGCAAUACCAACAAGUGUAAAUCGCGGGCUCUCCACACUGCCGGUGACAGAGGUUUCACUUGUGCUGUGUAACCAAAAUGUGUGCAAACAUCACAUCAACAUUACGUUGGACAUCACGAGAGUCGGUGGUGUCUGUGAGUGACAACGCGCAGGCGCCAAUCACAAUCCAGGGCAAGCUCGCCAGUCACUGCUCAGGAAAUGGCUGGACAGUUUAAAGGCACGAGCGGGCGCUCCGCUGCUCAGAACAACCACCGCUCACCUUCAACUGUAAAUCACCGUCUGAAAGAGCAAAUUGCGGGCAAGAGAUUAGACUGUACUAAAAUCCUGACAUCCAGAUUUCCUUUUUAGUCCUCGAUAUCACGAGUGACAAAUUAUGAUGCAGAUCUGUUUUGCCAACGUCUUUUCGAUCGCCAUCCUUCUGGGUAGCACUAUCAAGCUCCGAGCUGCCAUUACUGGGCCGGUUCCCACGGAGGAUGGUGGUCCUGGACCUCAGGCGUGUCCAAUGUGCUGCCAUGGACCCCCUGCGGGAAUACCCGGCACACCAGGCCUGCCGGGCAGCCCAGGUCCAUAUGGUCCCGCGGGGUCGAAGGGCGACGCAGGUGAGCCAGGUCUAAAGGGUGAGAUGGGUUCGAUUGGCGCUAUGGGUGAGCGGGGGCCCCCCGGGAACCCUGGACCUAAAGGGGAGGACGGGGUAGGCCUGCCCGGUAAGGUAGGGCCGCAAGGGCCGCCUGGUGCAGUUGGCCCAACCGGGGAAGCUGGUGUCAAAGGUCGAAGGGGUGAGCCUGGUCCGAUUGGCGCCAUGGGUCAGCGGGGAGGUCCUGGAAACCCUGGACCUAAAGGGAAAAACGGAAUGGGCCUUCCCGGCGAAAUAGGUCCAAGAGGUAGACCAGGUACAGUCGGACCGACCGGGGAAGCUGGUGUCAAAGGUCAAAAGGGUGAACCGGGUGAGCCCGGGGAGACUCCAGGAGUGGCAUUCACUGUGACGAGGACGACCAACUCGGAUACCUCUACGAGCAGCCUCACCCAUUUGGCCUUUCAGCAUACCGAGACGCUUCUGCCGGCCGGUACCAGAUUCGAUCUAGACACUGCUACAUUCACAUGUAAGGUGCCAGGUACCUAUGUGUUCAUGUAUUCUGUGCUGAAGCAUCCUUCCAGCAGCAGUUUGUCCGUCUAUCUGAGAAAAAACAACUCCGUUAUUGUCUCUGGCUACAGCAAUGAUUCAAGCAAAUAUGAUCAGGUGUCUGGGGGUGCAGUGGUAGUUCUGCAGCGAGGAGACACGGUGUAUUUAACCAUGACCGGUCGGGCGUACAGUGAUUCUGACCACGAGUCAUCUUUCAGUGGUUUUCUCCUUUUUGCCGAAUGAACACAUAGCGCAGUUACCCAUGUCAAUGGUCGUAGAAUAUUUAGCUGCUGAUGGCGACCGUACACUGCGAAAUUAGGCUAUAGUUUAUUCACUGCACACUAUCGGUGUGAUAACUCCCUUUAAUACGUUAAAACAAAAUACGAAUUAAUUGAUAAUUUCCACUGCAUUCAAUUAGAUCAAAUUAUUCUUAAUCUGUAUGCUGUAUGUAAAUCAAUUAAUAACCGGUGUUUGGAUCAAACUAACGACUUUUGUGGGACGUCGUAGCAUUAUGUCGUCAGGCCUCCUUAAUCUACGCAGUCCUAUGUCUAUCAGUGAACGUUUCUCGGACUCGCGCGCUAAUGAGCAACCACUGGUCACUUGUAUCGUUUGUCCGUGUUCAAAGGUUUGCAAAAGACCCCGAAAUGUUAGAAAUUAAUCCUGCAUAAUCUUAGUUUAUGUGUAAAACAAAUAAACGACAUUUUGGGGCAAAUUUUCCUAGGCAUAUAUUCUGGAGUUUGUGACAUGAGUCCCCCCCCGCCAAAAAAAGGAAGUCUUCUUGUCGCCUAACAGUUCGCCCUCUAGUUUGAUGUCAGUAAAAAUCAUUGACUCAAUCGUGAAACGCCACAGGGUUGCAAAUACGGCCCUUUUCUUAUUUUUGAGGUUUCAAAAUUUUUUUUUUGCAAAAAUUUCAAAAGUCGUUUUUGGUUUCUUUUGUCAAUUGAGUGAUUAUGAAUAAAAGUUUGUGGUGGAUUCAUUUUUAGGUUUGGUUUCUCAUUUUUCUUGUCAGAAGAGACUUAGGUUACUUGGCUUGACACUGCGUUGCCCAUGGUCAUGAAUAAAAGCAAAGGCGGGAUGGGAUAUGCGCUAGCCUGAUCACCACGGAUACUGUUUGUUGGGGGGGGUGUACGGGGAUAGGGUUGUUCACUAUUGGGGGUGGUUACAGGACGUGCUAGAACAUGACAGUUCGCUAGUAGUUUCUAAUCCAAACGGGAUCUUUAGUGCUCCGUAAAAAGACUUUACAAUCGUGAUUUUUCCUGUGUGCCGUAACUAAGUCGGCCUCCUUUCAUGCGUUUUAUAGCAUAAACGAUUUAAUGGGAUUUUCUGAAGAAAAAAACUGAAUAAAACUAGACAAACCUGAGAGAAAAUGAAUAAAAUCGCACUCUAUAAAUUUUCAGUGAUCCAGACAUAUACUUCUUGCCGCCAUGGCCUUUUGUGCGCAUGCGUGCAUAAUGAUGAAUUUAUGAGAGAAAGGUCUAUGUCGCAUUGGCUUGUGAACACACACACAAAAAACACUAUAAAAAUAGAGUGAAAACCACUGCAAAAGAGUGAAAUUUCCUCUCUGUUGGGGCCAACUUAUACUUUUUAAUAAGGAGCAAUAUUGGGGACACAACUAUAAAACAAAACGAAAACAAGAUUGCCUCAUCUUUUGGAAAUAUGUCAUCCUGUAUAAAAAGUACCAGAUGGAUUUUAAGGUGACAUUUACUUUGGGUAAUGUAUAGUGCAGUUUUAGCGUCAUUCCAUUUUUGUCACAUUGUUGAAAUUUUGUAUGGUUAAAAACAAACCAGUAUAUUGUGUAUGUAUGUUUGACUUUAUCGUAAUGUAGACAGCUGUAACACUGUUGAAGUUUGAAUAACAAAUAUAAUAAUUCAUAUUAAGCCAUGACUGUAUGAAAACAUUUCGAUGAUAUAUCGAUAACACCACAAAGAGCCUUUUCACAAAGCUUAGAUUGUAUUGGUACGUAGUUGUACUUUUAUCUUCUAAUACAAAAUUAGAUUGUUGUGCGGGACAGAACAUAUUAAGCAUUUCAGCACAAAAACUACAAUAACACGGCAAUAUAUGUCCAAUCUUCAAGGUUUAGUUUUCACCUUGUACAUUAAAUUUUAUGCAUUGCAUUGCAGCAACGAUACUUCAACCGAAAUGACUUGUACCAGUGAAAUGAAUAAAAUCUACUUUAGAUUAAACAAUCAUGUG